GGAUCCCCCUACGAUCACACCCCUGGCAUGGCGGGGUCCUUGGGGUACCACCCCUACGCUGCCCCCUUGGGUUCCUACCCUUAUGGCGACCCAGCCUACCGCAAGAACGCCACCCGCGAUGCCACCGCCACCCUCAAGGCCUGGCUGAACGAGCACCGCAAGAACCCUUACCCGACCAAGGGCGAGAAGAUCAUGCUGGCCAUCAUCACCAAGAUGACCCUCACCCAGGUCUCCACCUGGUUCGCUAACGCCCGGCGGCGGCUCAAGAAGGAGAACAAGAUGACCUGGACCCCGAGGAACCGGAGUGAAGACGAGGAGGAGGAAGAGAACAUCGACCUGGAGAAGAACGACGAGGAGGAACCUCAGAAGAUGGAGGAGAAGGGCGACCCUGAGGCCACCGAGAUCGGUCCCGGCGACCCCAAGGCCCCCACCCCGGGCAGCAAAGACCCGGACUGCGCCUCCAGCGACUCGGAUUGCAAAGAAAGCCCCGACGAAGUGGUGGCCUUGCCGUCCAAAGGAGGCCUUUCUCCUCCUCCUCCUCCUCCACUGGGGCCUUCCUCGGGCCGCCUCCUCCUCCAGGUCCACCACCAUCACCAACACCACCAGCACCACCACCACCACCACCAGAGCCCUGGUCCCGGCGAGGACCCUCACCCUUUGCCGGCCCUGUACCGACCCCCUUCGACGACGACGACUACGACGGACCUCCACCCGCCCAGCCAAGGCCAGUCGGUCAUCCACUCGCCCCAGGGAAGUGGAGGCCCACCACCCCAACCACCACCACCACCACCUCCAGCCCCACCACCAGCAUCCCUUUCCAAGCCCAAACUGUGGUCCUUGGCGGAGAUCGCCACGUCGGGGGACAAAGGGAAGGAGGGAGGCGGGGAGAUGGUGGUCCUCAGAGAGGUCCAUCCAGGUUUGGGAGGAUCUGGAGCAGGAACUGGAGGAGGCUCAUCAUCAUCAUCAUCCUCAUCCCCGACGGGGCGGCCGCCGCCUUCCACCACGCACUGCCCCUUCCCCAACGGACCCUCGGUCCUCUCCCGGCCCCUCUACUACACCGCCAGCCCCUUUUACCCGGGCUACACGAACUAUGGCUCCUUCGGGGCCCUUAAUGCGGCCCCGACGGCAGUCACGCCUAGCAGUCACGGCGGGCCGCCUUUGAACGGAUUAAAUCAGACGCUCUUGAGCCGCGCCGAAGCCGCUUUGACGACGAAAGAGAGCAGCAAACUCCUCCGGAGCCAGUCCCACUUCGACCUCAGCAAGGACUCGCCUUACGAACUGUCGAAGAAAGGUACGUCUCACGUUUAAAACACUCCGUCUCCGCUUCUUCCUCCGCUAGAUUGCAGACAGACAGACAGACAAAAGCGAGGCCACCCUCGAUGGACCACGAUGGACCUUUUGGGGGGAUAAAAAGGGGGGCAUUUGGCAUGGCCUCCCCUCAACCCCAGCUUUUUUUGGGGGGGGGGAGUUCUUUUUUUCUGGGCAGUUCUUUCCUCUCGACCCUUCCUAGUUGCAUAGGUUUUUGUAAAAAAUUUUAUCCACGAUCAAUGCAAUCUUUUAUGAUUAUGAUUAUGAUUAUGAUUUGGCCAUUGAUUGUUGUUUUCAGUCCUGGGGGCAUUGCGAGAAAGCAAAGAAAGGGGAAAAAUAGGAUUGCAAAGGGAGAAAUGGAGGUGCAAGGGAAAAAAGGGAUUGCAAGGGAGAAAUCAAAGGGAAAAGGGAUCGCAAAGGAGAAAAAAGGGAUUUCAAGAAUUAAAAUGGGAUUGCAAGGAACAAAAUGAGAAUGCAAGGGAAAAGAAAUCUAAAAGCCAGCCGGGGUUGCAAGGGAACAAAGUGAGAAUGCAAGGGAAAUUGCUAAAAGCAAAUUGGGAUUGCAAGGAACAGUGUGAGUUUGCUAGGGAAAAAUGGGAUUGCAAAGAGAAAGGGAUUUCAUGGGGGAAAACGAGAUUGCAAGGAACAAAAUGGGGUUGCUUAAAAUAUGGGAUUGCAAGGGAAAAGAGACUGCCAAAAACAAACUGGGAUUGCAGGGAACAAUGUUAGAUUGCUAGGGGAAAAAAUGAGAAUGCAAGGGAAAUGGCUAAAAAGAAAUUGGGAUUGAGAUUGCAAGGCACGAAAUGGGAUUGCUAAACAUGGGAUUUCAAGGAACAAAAAUGGGCUUCCAAGGGGGGAAAAAGGAUUGCUAGGAAGGAAAUGGGACUGCAAGGAACACUAUAAGGUUUCUAGGAAAAAUGGGAUUGAAAAGGGAAAGAGAAUACUAAAGGGAAAAAUGAGAUUGCCAAAAUAACCCCAGAAAGGUAAUGAAAUUGCAUUGGGAUUGCAAAGAAGAAAAUGAGAGAGCAGGAAGAAAUGGGGAAAUCAUUUUUCAAAAGGAUGUUUCCUCUGAGAAACCAUAAAGUAAAUAAGUCCCCCCUUUUUUUUAUCCCCCCUUUUUUAUCCCCUUCUCUCUUUUCCCCCCUUUCUUUGUCUUGCUUUUUGAGGGUCUGAGGAUUAAAGUCUUAAAAAGAACUGCAAAAUGUGUACGGGGUGCCUGUGUGUGUG